GUCCACUCAGAGUCUAGAGGAGGACAAUGCCGCCCAGAGUAGGUAAUAGAAGUCGGGGCCGUGGUGUUCGUACAGCUAGAUUAGCUGAUAUUGGUCGACCUCCUAGGGAUCCUACAGUUGCACCUCCGCCUCUUCAAGGGGUGGCAGAUCAUGAGUUAUCUGAGAGCCGAGAAGGACAUGGAGAAUCUGUCUCUCAUGGUGUUGAGUCAGGGGCAUAUCCGACUACACCAUCGCCUUCCUCGGCACCUGCAGUUGCACCUCCUGUUGCACCUGCAGCUCCACCUUUUGUUCCACCUGUAGCACCAGCCCAUCCUUUCCAGAUAAAUGCAGACUUGGGUGCUUUUGUGGCACAAGUAGUUACAGCAACUGUUACAGCCAAACCUAGAGAUCCGUGGGAGAUAGUGGAUCGUGCUAGACGUUUGGGAGCUUAUGAUUUUGAUGGUUCCUCUGAUGCUGACAUUGCAGAUAAAUGGUUAAAGAAAGUGCUAAAAGUGUUUGAAUUAAUGAAGUUGACUGAUCCAGAGAAGGUGGAAAAUGUACAUGGUUUACUUCAGGGUAAGGCUGAUGCUUGGUUUGAUGGCAUUCGUCGUAGACAUGGAGUCAGACUGACUUGGGAUCAAUUUAUACAUGAAUUUCGCUAGGAAUAUUUGUCAGAAAGUUACAGGAAA